AGCCGGAGAAGGGCAGUGGGACAGAGGGGAGGGAGAGACAGGAGGCACAGGGCUGGCACAGGGGGCAAGGGACGCGGGGUAUUAUAGCACAAGGGGAGCCAAAGGGAUGCGCAGCGGGAACAAGAGCUGAAGGAUCGGCACCCACAUCCCCUCAACGGCACCCAUAUCCCCGCACCCACAUCCCAGCACCCAUAUCCCCGCACCCACAUCCCAGCACCCUUAUCCCAGCACCCAUAUCCCAGCACCCAUAUCCAUGCCCACUGAUGGCUGCAGCUGUCCUGCUCCUGUCGCUGGUGGCAUUGGCCUCAGGGCUAGAGUUGGUCAGUAAGUUCCACUCUCCGCAGGUCACUAAUAACUUUGCGCUGAGCGCCGGGGAGGGGCUGUUGUACCUGGCGGCGGUGAAUCGCCUCUACCAGCUGAACUGGGAGCUGCGGCCGGAGCUGGAGGAUGUUACCGGGCCGGUACCGGACUCCCCGUUGUGCCAUGCUCCGCAAUUGCGAGAAACCACCUGUGACUUCCCCCGGACCUCAACCCCGAACUACAAUAAAAUCCUACUACCCGACCCGGAGCAGGGGCUGCUACUGACCUGCGGAUCUAUCUUCCAGGGGCUGUGUGAGCUCCGCGCCCUGCGGAACAUAACGCUCCGCGCAGUGCCCUUCCCUGUGGAUAACGCGGUGCCCAGCAUGCUCAAUGUAGCUGCCAACCACCCCAACGCUUCCACCGUAGGGUUACUGCUUCGGGGGCCCAGUGGGGACACCAAGCUGCUUGUGGGCGCUACAUACACCGGAUACUCCAGCCAGUUCUUUCCCUGGAACCAAAGUAUCGCUGACCAUCGAUUUGAGAACAGCCCUGAGAUUUCAAUCCGGGCCCUGAACCUGACCGCCUCCGAGAAGCUUUUCACUUUUGACAUCAGUCCGUCCGAUGACAACAUAUUCAAGGUAAAGCAGAGCUUUAAGGCCCGGCAUCGCCUGGGGUUUGUCAGGGCAUUCCAGCAGGGACCAUUCGCGUACCUGGCCAUGAACGUGGAACCCGCCCCUGCGGGGAAGGAGAACCGACCCAGUAGUGUUUUAGCGCGGAUCUGUCUGAAGUCUGAGCCUAGAACAGAGCCGCGCAAACUCACAGAGUCCUACAUCCAAUUGGGACUGCGCUGCGAAGGCCCAGGAGGGGUGCUGUAUGGUCGCCUGCUGUCAGUGUUCGCGGAGUCGGAAAACAUAUUCGGGAUAUUCGAGGGGAAAAAUGAGGCGGCGCUCUGUAUGUUCCCGCUGCGCUCGGUGGCGCAGGAGAUACGCGGGGCGCGGAGGGGCUGCUUUGAGAGUCAGGACGCGGGGGAAGUGACUGUGUUGGACAGUGUGGUGCAGGGGACUGGCCCCAGCUGCGAACGCAGGAACGCCAAGGUCAAGCUGCAGGAGGAACAAUUGGACUGUGGGGCGGCUCAUCUCCAACAUCCACUGGCCAUCACACGCCCUCUGCCUGCCGUACCUAUCUAUAAAGAAAAAGGCUUGACUUCUGUAGCCGUGGCCAAUGUCAGUGGUUACAUGGUGGUAUUCCUGGGGAAUGUGAGCGGCCAUCUCAUCAAGAUUAACCUGGAUGCAGAUAUGAAAAUUAUCAACAAAUCCAUGCAAUACCUUGAGAUCGCUAGCGGGCAGCCAGUCCACCAUGUUAUGGAGUUUGAUCCCAUGGACCCCACUUACCUCUUUGUCAUGACGUCACAUCAGAUGACGCGAGUAAAAGUGGCAGAAUGUGCCAAGUAUCGGAGUUGCACUGAGUGCCUUGCGGCAGCGGAUGCUUACUGCGGGUGGUGCACCCUGGAAGGAAGGUGCUCUCUCCAGAAAGAGUGUCAAGGUUCUGAGGAUUCAGCAUUCUGGAUGAGUCCCAACGUGGGUCAAGAAAACAUGUGCCCAGCAAUGAACAGCAUUCCCAAUAAAAUUGAUAUUUCCUCCAGCACCCAGAGAAUCAUACUCCAGAUCACUGGAAACCUCCCAAUACUUUACCAGAUGAAUGUGUCAUGUGACUACGGGAACAAUAUAAUCACGCCUGCUGUUAUCGACCCUGAUCAAGACAGUGGGCAAUUGCUUCACUGCUCAUUCCUUCCCAGGGACCAGUUCCCAUCAUUCCCACCAAACCAAGAUUAUGUGACGGUCAGUAUGGCGCUGUCAGUGGGAGGAAACAGCAUCAUUCAGCACAAGUUUAUCAUCUAUGACUGCAACAGGACGCAAAACAUGCAUCCUAAGAAUGCGUGCACCAGCUGUGUGAAGUCUCGCUGGCCUUGCAGUUGGUGUGUGAGCCAACACAGGUGUGUCUCCAGUGCAUCACAAUGUGGCACCAUUGCACAGAACAGCACAGAGAGCUGUCCCAGGAUAACGGCCACAAGCCUGACCCCCACACCCACCGGAGUCACCAAGGAUUAUACGCUAUCACUGCUCAACACAAAUAUUACAGAGGGCCCGAAACUGGAAUGUGACUUCGGAACAGAACAAACUUUCCCAGCAAAAUGGUUAAAUUCCUCCGCUGUCGUGUGCAGCAAUGUACUGUUGUACACAUCUGAAAGAACCCAGAGCUUCCCAAUCAACCUGCAGCUUAGUGACCAUAAAGGACUGUAUCUUGACAACCCAUCCAUGCUCUCUGUCGAGGUGUACAAUUGCGCUUCCCAGACCCCAGAUUGCUCCAGCUGCUUAGGCCGGGCAGACCUCGGUCACCACUGCUCCUGGAGUGAAAGCAGCAUGUCAUGUCGGCUGAAUAGUGAAAUACUAUCCAUUUCAUAUCCAUACACCUGUCCUGCUCCUGAUAUAAGGAAGAUUGAUCCAGCCAGUGGACCCCUGUUAGGCGGUACUCUUGUUACUAUCCAAGGGCGCAACCUCGGAAGCCGCUUCAGCGAUAUCAACGGAAGGGUCAAGAUUGGAGAAAUAGAGUGCACCCCCAUCCAGGAGAAAUACAUUGUGUCUGAGGAGAUUGUGUGUAUGACUGGAGAGUCUCCCAAGCUGCUCACUGACUGGGUCUCUGUAGAUGUAAAUGGAGGCGGCAGGUCCAAGGAGAAAUAUUCUUUCCAGGUUCCAGAGGUGGAUUAUUUAUCCCCAGAUUUUGGCCCUUGGGCUGGAGGAACCAGAGUAACAAUCUCUGGUACCAAUCUGAAUAUUGGCAGAGAUGUCCGAGUGCUGUUCAAUAAGACACAGGAAUGCAGAGACCUUGUGCGCACACAGAGCACCAUCCAGUGUACAGUUCCACCAAUGAAAUUUCUCCCUGAAACCAAGGUACACAUCUGUGUCCAGUUUGAGAAAAAAUCUUGUGUAAAGGAAGAACUAUUUUUCAAGUACCAAGAGAACCCAGUGAUCAAAAGCAUGGAUCCAAGAAGCAGCCCCCUCAGUGGUGGGCGGAUCAUCACUGUGACCGGCGAAAGAUUUGACAUGGUGCAGUCUAUAAUGAUGGGAAUUCAACAUGAGAAAGGAAGGCGAAUGAACUGCACAGUCUUAAGCCCAACUAUAAUCACCUGCCCCUCCCCUACAGCCCCCAACAGCACCAUGGAGAACAUGGACUUUUUCAUUAAUGGGGUGCAAGUGGAUCUUGGGAAAGCUAUUGUGGAAGCCCAUUUCAGCCUGGAGUAUCAGCCUGACCCAAUGUUCUACACAGCCAAGAAAGAAAAGUUGAUUAAGCAUCACGUUGGGGAACCGCUAACUCUGGUUAUACAUAAAGAGCCAGACAACCUUGGACUGAGAGUAGAUGAAUAUCGGGUGAAGGUCGGACAGAUUCCAUGCGAGUCGAUCUUUAUCUUUAAUGACAAGGUCAUACACUGCAGCAUCAAUGAGUCUUUGAGCUCCUCUCAGCGCUAUCUACCUGUGACGAUACAAGUUGGCAAAUUCAAUCAGACUAUCACCACUCUGCACCUGGCCGGGAUAGACACAUCAAUCAUCAUCUCCAUAGUCAUCUGCAGUAUAUUGUUACUCCUCUCCGUGGUCGCUCUGUUUGUUUUCUGUACCAAGAGUCGUAGAGCUGAGCGCUAUUGGCAGAAAACUCUCGUACAGAUGGAGGAGAUGGAAUCUCAAAUCCGAGAGGAAAUCCGGAAAGGAUUUGCUGAGCUGCAGACAGAUAUGACAGACCUAACGAAGGAAUUAAAUCGCAGCCAAGGAAUCCCCUUCCUAGAAUACAAACAUUUUGUCACACGCACCUUCUUCCCAAAGUGUUCAUCUCUGUAUGAAGAGCGCUACAUCUUGCCCACACAGAACUUCAACACCCAGCUUGGGUUCCAGGUGCCAGAGACACAUCCACUACUCUGUGGAGAGUGGAAGGUUCCAGAAAACUGUCGGACAAACAUGGAGGAAGGCAUUACCCUACUGUCCACUCUGCUUAACAACAGGCACUUCCUGGUCACGUUCAUCCAUGCUGUCGAGCUUCAAAAGGACUUUGCUGUUCGUGACAGAUGCAACUUGGCUUCUCAUCUCACCAUUGCUCUCCAUGGGAAGCUGGAGUAUUAUACAAGCAUUAUGAAGGAUCUUCUGGUAGAUCUCAUAGACUCUUCAGCCUCCAAAAACCCUAAACUUAUGCUGCGUAGGACUGAGUCUGUAGUUGAGAAGAUGCUCACCAACUGGAUGUCCAUCUGCAUGUACAGCUGCCUCAGGGAAACAGUGGGGGAGCCAUUUUUCUUACUGCUCUGUGCCAUAAAGCAGCAAAUCAAUAAGGGAUCCAUUGAUGCUAUCACAGGAAAAGCAAGAUACACGCUGAAUGAGGAGUGGCUGCUUAGAGAGAACAUUGAGGCCAAGCCUAUGAACCUCAACGUGUCCUUCCAAGGCUGCGGCAUGGACUCCCUGUGUGUGCGUGUGUUGGACACAGACACUGUGAGCCAGUGCAAGGAGAAGAUCCUGGAGGCUUUCUGCAAGAACCUGCCCUACUCACAGUGGCCUAGAGUAGAGGAUGUGGAUUUGGAAUGGUUUGCCUCCAGCUCAAAGAGUUACAUCCUGCGAGAUCUUGAUGACUCCUCCAUCAUGGAAGAUGGGAAGAAGAAGCUGAAUACGUUAGCGCACUACAAGGUCCACGAUGGAGCCUCCCUGGCUAUGAGCCUGAAGGACAAAAGAGAUGACACCUUGGGCAGAGUGAAGGACUUGGACACCGAUAAGUAUUUUCAUUUAGUUCUUCCCACUGAUGACUUAGCCGAAACGAAAAGGUCCCACAGACAAAGCCACAGGAAAAAAGUUCUGCCUGAGAUCUACUUGACCCGACUCCUGUCUACAAAGGGCACGCUACAGAAAUUCUUAGAUGACCUAUUCAGAGCCAUCCUGAGCAUCCAUGAGGAUCGACCCCCACUAGCCAUCAAGUACUUCUUUGAUUUCCUGGAGGAGCAGGCUGAAAAGCGAGGCAUAUCUGACCCGGACACGCUACACAUCUGGAAAACUAACAGCCUUCCUCUGCGAUUCUGGGUGAACAUCCUGAAGAACCCUGAGUUUGUGUUUGACAUGGAUAAAUCUGAUCAUAUGGAUGCCUGCCUGUCAGUCAUUGCUCAAGCGUUCAUUGAUGCCUGCUCCAUCUCUGAUAUGCAACUAGGCAAGGAUUCCCCCACCAAUAAGCUGCUGUACGCAAAAGAAAUUCCAGAAUACAGGAAAAUUGUGCAACGAUACUACCAGAAGAUUAAGGAGAUGAGCCCACUGAGUGAGCAGGAAAUGAAUGCGCACCUUGCCGAGGAGUCACGGAAAUAUCGGAAUAAAUUUAACACCAACGUUGCAAUGGCUGAAAUCUAUAAAUACGCCAAGAAAUACCGAACACAGAUUGUCACAGCUUUGGAAACAAAUCCCACCACAAAAAGAGGGCAACUGCAACAUAAAUUUGAUCAGGUGAUUGUGUUGAUGGAGGAUGACAUUUACUCGUGUAGCAGUGAGGCAUAAGGGAUAGAUAAUUUAAGACCACCCUCUACCCACUGAAAACUUACAAGGACAGCUAGAUUUCCUCAGGAACCUGGGAUGACCAAUGUUCCGUUCCUCUCAACAUGUGAUUUAUAGAACAUUCCUCUGAAGGGAGGUAGAGCCUGGAAGCAAUACCUUGGAUCAUGUCCUUAACAUCAAGAUCCCACUAAAGGAACAUUAUUCUUCCAAAGGUAUCCAUGUGCUGCUUUUACCUGACUAUAUGUAAGAGGACUCUAAAGAUAAGUCAAGCACUGACGGUUUGGGUAAAGCACCUUCAUCAGGAUUAAGGGCAUGAGCCACCAGCACUUCCUGAUUGCUUUUUAGCACUUCCUCCUCUCAGUCGUGGGACAGAACGACCCAGACUCCAUCCUGAUGCAGUUUUUCCUCUUUAAUCAAAUAAGCUGUUUUGUUUUGCCAAACAAGAUUUUGGGUUAUCUUCAGGUGUCUAUUUAAUAGAGCAACCUUUCUCUGUUUCUGAAGAUGGGACCUUCAUAUUGAAUGAAUAGUGAGCUCCUUGUCCUGUAAAUAUAUAAGAUGCCCUAUUUAAAGACAUUAGAAAAAGUGUGCCACAUCAGACUGUCGGGACAUAGCACUGCAAAGGGUACAACCACUUCCUAGGACAAAGUAACUAUGAUUACUGUAUCCAACCUCAGACCGGCAUCCAUUGCAGAUACUUGAUAGCAUGUCACAGAUGGGCCCCACACCCCUAACUGUGAGUGCCUUAUUGAUAGAAACCUCAGGACUAAACCAAGGGAUACCUGGUGCUUUGUUUUCUAGGAGAGAAGUCCUCUUGGAACCAUGAGCUGCUCUCUUGCUUAGCACUAUGUAUUCCGAUGCCAUUCUGCAUCCUGGUGCCCUUCAUUCCAAACACAUGUUCCAGAGCUGACAGGUUUUGAGCACUGCAAAUAGUGGUUUAUUCUACAUUAUUAUGGUUCCUAUUUAGUUUAAGCAGUCCUCGCUGCAUUAUAGGCCCCUGCCACAAAAACAGAAAUAUCACUUCCCUGGAUAAGUACAUUUGCCAAAAACGUCAGCAUCACCAAUUCUGUAAUGGCCUAUGUUUUGCUAAUAAGCUCUGCCACCUACUCCUCCUAAUUAUCCCAUGUCUGUUAUUGGGCGAUUUUUGUGAUUUUUACUACAUAUUUUUUUUUCUCUGCUCACACAAAGCAAACGAUUAUAAAUAAGGUUAUGGAAAUUCAGUUCACAACUUUAUCAUCCUUAGGCCUGGGAAUGAGAGACGUAUUAAACGGAUAGCUGGCUAUCAACAACCUCAUUGUCAUAAUGGCACAAAACAACUUUGAGAGCUUUAAAACAUAUUCUGAUAUAUAUAUAUAUAUAUAUAAGAAACGUUCCAGACACAAGAAUUGUGUAAAUAUCUGCUGAGCAGAGAUAUAACUUACAGGUGGAAAGGCACAACAUAUUCUGAAUGAUCAGAAAAGAGGGACGACACUGGAGAUUUUAGGUUCUGAAAGACGUUUAUUUUUGGCCACUUUCCUCCCAGAGAAUUUCUGCUUUUGACAAUCUCACCAAGAACUUCCCCUGUUAAGGUGGACUGGAAGGGCACAGCGUGUCUGAAAUUCAGACCAAAACCCAGUUGCCGCCUCCUCUGGCGGAGAUCUGUGCAUCCCACAGACAAGAGGAGAAAGACGAUGUAUGAAAGUGUAAAUAGUUAAAUUCUUCAUACUUCUAUUGUGAAAUUCUUUUAAUUGAAUCUUUGUAAUAAAAAUUAAUAUUUAUAGCCUUA